AUGACUUCAUUCCUCUUUCCUGCAACCACAGCAUCCCAAGGUCUGCGCAUGCGCAGAACCUACGGAACAGUUUACACGGACAUAGUUAGGGCAUCAUCAGAUGCCAUCGACGCUCUGUCUCUUUAUCGCCGUCUUAUCUUUGAUGAAGGACCCGGGGCAGAAAACGUUGGUUUCGCGGCAUUCGAUGCUCACGUUGGUGACACGUCCUGUCAACUGCGAGCUUGUAUGUUACUUGACCUGACAAGACAACACAGAGAAUGGGCAGCAGCGGGCAGUGGACACGUAACGUGGCUUGACAGUUACAUCGAGAAGCUGAGGAAGGUACACGAAAAUGGACGAGGGGUGCUUGCUAAACUGACCUUCAACCGCAUCCAUCCGGAAAAGCUGGGAAUUGGGGCCGAGGAAGAUACACCCACUGGUAUCUUGAACCAUUUGGGAUGGAGUGAGCCAAAGAUACCCGGCUGUCCUGAAGGUCUCUAUCCAAAUCUGUUGGAGGCAUCCUCAAAUGGUUUCGGUUUCCAGCAUUGUUAUGAACCUACAAAGGGACCGUCAUUGGGAGCUAUAGGCAAAUUUUCGGUUGCCGUUGUUCAGGUUGGACAACCAGCAGAGAAGAAGAAACCCCGCGCAAAAGCGUAUGUAUCACCACUCUUGGACAACAACAGUACCGAUGCAGCUGCAGCAUGGGACCCAGUCGACACAAGAAUUCUUGUCAGGUUCCUUGUAUAUUCCUUUGUACUUUCCAAGUACAAGGCUUUCCGCCAGUUCAAACAUACUGUGGGUGGGCGCCUUCAUCCCGAGGCAGCAAUCUGUGAGGGCGAUUUUAUGGUGCAUGAUGUGUGGGAGAAGAGUGUUUGUGAUUAUAAGUAUUCAAAAGCUCCACGGCGAAUCAAUCAGGAGUUUAGAGCCUUGCAGACCUGGAUCUCAGAGCUGAGUUGUGCUUGGCUGUGUCAUAUAGCAAAGGGAUCCACGGCCUCUCCUGGCAUUGGGAACCUAAUGGUACAGACCCUCCAAAAUUCUUCAAAGAAUUUAAUGUGCAUCCCAACAUAUGUGGGGUACCUGGCCAUUCGAGAGCGAUGGGGCAAGUACGGAGACUCUCUGAUCCUGGUUGACCGACAUUUUUGCAAUGACGGUAAGUGUUUCAUUGAAGCAAAGGCCCAAAAUAGACCCGGGGACAAGAAAACAUGCAGAGACUGA